AUGAGCUUUCGGGACCAGGAGAGUGGCGGGGAGGAUGGGGGAAGGACGUCCUCCUCCUCCGACCUGCGGAAGCCGCUCCUGAACACCGGAAGCUGGUACCGCAUGCCGCCGGCGGGUGGCAUGACGGGCUCGCGCCAAUCUAGCCUCAUGGAGCGUCUAGGCUCCUCUGCCUUCUCCCUGCGCGACGUCGCUAUCUCGGCGACGCUCUGCACGCUCAUUGUCGCUCUAGGUCCCAUCCAGUUCGGUUUCACCUGCGGUUACUCCUCUCCCACGCAGGACGCCAUCAUUGCUGACCUCGGCCUCUCCCUCUCCGAGUUCUCACUCUUCGGAUCGUUAUCAAACGUAGGGGCGAUGGUAGGUGCCAUCUCCAGUGGGCAACUUGCAGAGUAUAUCGGCCGCAAGGGGUCUCUCAUGAUUGCUGCAAUUCCAAACAUAAUUGGGUGGCUUGCGAUAUCAUUUGCAAAAGAUUCCUCCUUCUUGUUUUUGGGUCGUCUGCUAGAAGGAUUUGGAGUGGGUGUAAUAUCUUAUACAGUACCAGUUUAUAUUGCAGAAAUUGCUCCUCAGGAUCAGAGGGGAGCUCUUGGUUCUGUCAAUCAGCUCUCCGUCACAAUUGGUAUAUUGCUUGCCUACCUGUUUGGCAUGUUUGUUCCCUGGAGAAUUCUUGCUGUUCUAGGCAUUUUACCUUGUUCAAUCCUGAUUCCUGGGCUGUUCUUUGUCCCUGAAUCCCCAAGGUGGCUGGCAAAAAUGGGGAAGAUGGAGGAUUUUGAAUAUUCACUGCAAGUUCUGCGAGGAUUUCAGACGGACAUAACAGCAGAAGUAAAUGAAAUAAAGAGAUCAGUAGCAUCAUCAAGGAGGAGGACAACCAUAAGAUUUGCUGAUAUCAAGCAGAAGAGAUACAGUGUUCCCCUUGUGAUAGGAAUCGGUCUCCUUGUCCUGCAGCAGCUAAGUGGUGUCAAUGGCAUUCUAUUUUAUGCUGCGAGCAUCUUCAAAACUGCUGGUAUUACAAACAGUAAUCUAGCAACCUUUGGUUUGGGGGCUGUUCAGGUGAUUGCUACUGGAGUGACAACCUGGUUGACUGACAAAGCUGGUCGAAGGCUUCUUCUCAUUAUUUCUACCACAGGAAUGGUCGUUACUCUUGUUAUUGUUUCUGUGUCAUUUUUUGUGAAGGACAACAUAACUGCUGGUUCUCACUUAUACUCUGCAAUGAGUAUGCUUUCACUGGCUGGACUUGUGGCAUUUGUGAUUGCAUUUUCUCUUGGCUUGGGAGCAAUUCCCUGGGUCAUUAUGUCUGAGAUUCUUCCUGUUAACAUCAAGAGCCUUGCUGGAAGUGUUGCGACCCUGGCGAACUGGCUGACAGCAUGGGCCAUUACAAUGACGGCAAGCCUAAUGUUGAACUGGAGCAGUGGAGGAACCUUUGCUAUCUAUGCUGCUGUGUCUACCAUGGCCCUCAUUUUCGUGUGCUUGUGGGUUCCGGAGACCAAGGGAAGGACGCUAGAGGAAAUCGCAUUCUCAUUCCGCUGA